CCAAGGCGUUUUUGUUGUUUCAAAUCACAAACCUCUGCUCUGCCGAAACUGCCCGACCGUAAAAAGUGCAUUUAACCAAACCCAAUCAGUGACCAAUUGACGAGAUCCCCUGUGACCAUGGCCAAGAUACGAACCCUAGUCCCGGAGUUAGCCGAGGUGGCUCGAUCUCAGCUUGGCGAAGACUCGACCACUGUGGUCGCCAAGAUCGAGGCCCUGCGGACUUGGAUUGUAGAGCAAAACUACCUGGAGGCGCGAACAGACGAUCAGUUCCUGGUGGCCUUCCUGCGCUUCUGCCACUGGGACGUAGAGGAGGCCAAAACACGGGUGCUCUUCUACUACAGCUACAAGUCCAAGGAGCGAGAACUGCUCAAAAGUCGUUUGGUAGACGAUAAGCUGCUGGAACUGGCUCGUUCAGGAAUAUUCGCCACAUUGCCCAACCCUAUUGGCCCUGGUGGCCCACGUAUCCACUACACACGAAUGGGCCACAUUGAACCUUCCAAGCACAGUGUCAGCGACAUCUUUCGAUUCCAUGCCUUCCGCGCCGAGAUCGAGCUCAACACGGACGACAACUGGAACGUGUCUGGCGUUGUGGAAAUUAUCGACUUUACCAAAAUCCCCUACUCUCUGCUGCUGCAGUUCGAUCCAGGCAUGUUCAAAAGGAUGAAUGCAUUCCUAGAGCAUGGUAUUCCAGCGAAUUUAGUGGCUACUCACAUCGUAAAUGCCUCCAGAGAGACACAGUUUGUCCUGGGAUUAGUUCGAAAUGUCAUGAAGCAAAAGGAGCUGCUACACAUCCACUCUAACCUCGAGUCCCUGCAAAAGGCCAUCGGCAAAGAGUAUUUGCCAGCAGAGAUGGGCGGCGAGAAUGGCUCCCUGGCGGAUGCUAUGUCUCGAUACGAGACCCAGUUGACCAGCUUCUCCACGUACUUUAUGGAAGACGAGCGAUAUGGUGUGGACGAGAAAUUGCGAGCGGCCAGCGAGAAAGAACAGGGGAGGGCCGCUCCGUUGGUGGCCGGAGUGCCGAACGACGGAACUUUCCGAAAGUUGAACUUCGAUUGAGGCGUUGACCCCGGGCAGUUAGUUGUAUAUUUUGAUGCACAUCCUAUAAGUACGCCCCUCUAAAUACACAGCCCGAUAUAUAUGUAUAUAAAUAUAUAUAUACACUGGAUUGUAUAGACACUACAGCGCUAUAGCGAUCUUUGGUCAUAGCAGAACCUGAUAUUUUAUAAAAUGGAACCAUAAACGAUAAACAUCGAAACUAAAAGCAAAUUGAACAAUAUGAUAAACAAGUGCACACUAAAAAGAAAUAAGAAGAAAAUGUAACGCCAUCAAAUGGCACAAAAACCUCA